AAAAAUGUUGCGGUUUCUGACAGUUUCUUUUAAAGGACAGAGAAAAGAGAAAACACGUUCAUCUAAGUACAACUGUCAACUACCAUGGAAGGAGACUCCAGCACAAUGAGGAUCUUGGAUAUGAAUGAGGAGGACACUUACGAUAAGGAAAAAAUUGGAAUUCUCCAAAAAUAUUCUGUUUAUUUCCAGUGGUGCUGGUGGAAGAGACCACCCAGAGUUACUGCAUUGUUCCUAGGGUCCUAUGUUCUCCUUCUGGCUGUGAUCAUAGGCCUGAGUGUUCAUUUCAACAAUCGCCACUACUAUGCAGAGACAAUGUUACAGACCAGCUACAAAAAUCUGACUAAAGAGAAAGACCAGUUAAAGAAGAAUAUUGAAUGGUUGAAAAGCAAGAUCAAAGUAAACUUGGCAUUGAAUGGGGUGGCUGUUCAGUCCUCACCAUAUGGCGGUGUCCAGGCAUCAAAUGCCAUUGAUGGGGAAAGAACCUCACACUAUUACUCUGGAUCCUGCACCCACACUCAGGAAGACACCAACCCCUGGUGGAGAGUGGACCUAGGGGAUGUGUACAGAGUUACAACUGUAAUGAUCACCAACAGAAAAGACUGCUGUGCUGAGAGGCUUAACGGUGCUGAGCUCCGCAUUGGUAACUCACUGGAGAACAACGGCACAACCAACUCUAGAUGUGCUGUCAUCUCCCACAUCCCAGCAGGAGAGACAAAGGCCUUCCAGUGUAAAGACAUGGAAGGUCGCUAUGUUGUUGUGGUCAUCCCUGGAAGGGCAGAAUGGCUCACUCUGUGUGAAGUGGAAGUAUAUGGGUCUCAUGCAGUAAGUUUGGCGUUAAAUGGAGUAGCUGCUCAAUCUUCACUUUAUGGGAAUCAUAAGGCCUCUGAUGCCAUUGAUGGGGACAGAACCUCACACUAUGACUCUGGAUCCUGCACCCAAACUAAGAAAGACACCAACCCCUGGUGGAGAGUGGACCUAAAGGGUCUGUACAGGGUUAGAACUGUAUCCCUCACCAAUAGAGGAGACUGCUGUCCAGAGAGACUUGAUGGUGCUGAGAUCCGCAUUGGUAACUCACUGGAGAACAACGGCAUCAACAACCCCAGAUGUGCUGUCAUCUCCCACAUCCCAGCAGGAGAGACAAAGGCCUUCCAGUGUAAUGAGAUGGAAGGUCGCUAUGUUGUUGUGGUCAUCCCUGGAAGGGCAGAAUGGCUCACUCUGUGUGAAGUGGAAGUAUAUGGGUCUCAUGCAGUAAACUUGGCGUUAAAUGGAGUAGCUGCUCAGUCUUCACUCUAUGGGAAUCAUAAGGCCUCUGAUGCCAUUGAUGGGGACAGAACCUCACACUAUGACUCUGGAUCUUGCACCCACACUCAGAAAGACACCAACCCCUGGUGGAGAGUGGACCUAGGGGAUGUGUACAGAGUUAGAACUGUAUCCCUCACCAAUAGAGGAGACUGCUGUCCAGAGAGACUUGAUGGUGCUGAGAUCCGCAUUGGUAACUCACUGGAGAACAACGGCAUCAACAACCCCAGAUGUGCUGUCAUCUCCAACAUCCCAGCAGGAGAGACACACUACUUCCAGUGUAAUGAGAUGGAAGGUCGCUAUGUUGUUGUGGUCAUCCCUGGAAGGGCAGAAUGGCUCACUCUGUGUGAAGUGGAAGUAUAUGGGCUUCCUACAGUAAACUUGGCGUUGAAUGGAGUAGCUGCUCAGUCCUCACUCUAUUUUAAUACUAAAGCCUCUGAUGCCAUUGAUGGGGACACAACCUCAAACUAUCACUCUGGGUCCUGCACCCACACUCAGAAAGAUAACAAACCCUGGUGGAGAGUGGACCUAAGGGAGACCUACAGAAUUAGAAGUGUAUCCCUCACCAAUAGAGGAGACUGCUGUGAGGAGAGACUUGAUGGUGCUGAGAUCCGCAUUGGUAACUCACUGGAGAACAACGGCAUCAACAACCCCAGAUGUGCUGUCAUCCCUCACGUCCCAGCAGGAGAGACCCAGUCCUUUCAUUGCAAUGAGAUGGAAGGUCGCUAUGUUGUUGUGGUCAUUCCUGGAAGGGAAGAAUGGCUCACUCUGUGUGAAGUGGAAGUAUAUGGGUCUCCUACAGUAAACCUGGCCUUAAAUGGAGUAGCUGCUCAAUCUUCACUCUAUGGGAAUCGUAAUGCCUCUGAUGCCAUUGAUGGGGACAGAACCUCACACUAUCACUCUGGAUCCUGCACCCACACUCAGAAAGACACCAACCCCUGGUGGAGAGUGGACCUAAGGGAUGUGUACAGAGUUAGAACUGUAUCCCUCACCAAUAGAGGAGACUGCUGUCCAGAGAGACUUGAUGGUGCUGAGAUCCGCAUUGGUAACUCACUGGAGAACAACGGCAUCAACAACACCAGAUGUGCUGUCAUCUCCAACAUCCCAGCUGGAGAGACACACUACUUCCAGUGUAAUGAGAUGGAAGGUCGCUAUGUUGUUGUGGUCAUCCCUGGAAGGGAAGAAUUUCUCACUCUGUGUGAGGUGGAAGUAUAUGGCUCUCCUACAGUAAACCUGGCGUUAAAUGGAGUAGCUGCUCAGUCUUCACUCAAGGGGAAUCGUAAUGCCUCUGAUGCCAUUGAUGGGGACAGAACCUCACACUAUGGAUCCUGCACCCACACUCAGAAAGACACCAACCCCUGGUGGAGAGUGGACCUAAGGGAUGUGUACAGAGUUACAACUGUAUCCCUCACCAAUAGAGGAGACUGCUGUCCAGAGAGACUUGAUGGUGCUGAGAUCCGCAUUGGUAACUCACUGGAGAACAACGGCAUCAACAACCCCAGAUGUGCUGUCAUCUCCAACAUCCCAGCUGGAGAGACACACUACUUCCAGUGUAAUGAGAUGGAAGGUCGCUAUGUUGUUGUGGUCAUCCCUGGAAGGGAAGAAUUUCUCACUCUGUGUGAAGUGGAAGUAUAUGGGUCUCCUCCGGUGAAUUUGGCCUUGAAUGGAGUAGCGACUCAGUCAUCCCUAUAUACUUGGAAGAAUAAGGCCUCUGAUGCCAUUGAUGGGGACAGAGACUCAAACUAUUUAUCUGGAUCCUGUGCAUUCACUGGAAAUGAAAACAAACCCUGGUGGAGAGUGGACCUAAAGGAUGUGUACAGUAUUAGAAGUGUAUCCCUCACCAAUAGAGGAGACUGCUGUCCAGAGAGACUUAAUGGUGCUGAGAUCCGCAUUGGUAACUCACUGGAGAACAACGGCAUCAAAAACCCCAGAUGUGCUGUCAUCUCCAACAUCCCAGCAGGAGAGACAAAGUCCUUCCAGUGUAAUGGGAUGGAAGGUCGCUAUGUUGUUGUGGUCAUCCCUGGAAGGGCAGAAUUUCUCACUCUGUGUGAAGUUGAAGUAUAUGGCUCUCCUACAGUAAACCUAGCAUUAAAUGGAGUAGCUGCUCAGUCUUCACUCUAUGGGAAUCGUAAUGCCUCUGAUGCCAUUGAUGGGGACAGAACCUCACACUAUCACUCUGGAUCCUGCACCCACACUCAGAAAGACACCAACCCCUGGUGGAGAGUGGACCUAAGGGAUGUGUACAGAGUUAGAACUGUAUCCCUCACCAAUAGAGGAGACUGCUGUCCAGAGAGACUUGAUGGUGCUGAGAUCCGCAUUGGUAACUCACUGGAGAACAAUGGCAUCAACAACACCAGAUGUGCUGUCAUCUCCAACAUUCCAGCAGGAGAGACACAGUCCUUCCAGUGUAAUGAGAUGGAAGGUCGCUAUGUUGUUGUGGUCAUCCCUGGAAGGGCAGAAUUUCUCACUCUGUGUGAAGUUGAAGUAUAUGGGUCUCCUGCAGUAAACUUGGCGUUAAAUGGAGUAGCUGCUCAAUCUUCACUCUAUGGGAAUCGUAAUGCCUCUGAUGCCAUUGAUGGGGACAGAACCUCACACUAUCACUCUGGAUCCUGCACCCACACUCAGAAAGACACCAACCCCUGGUGGAGAGUGGACCUAAGGGAUGAGUACAGAGUUAGAAGUGUAUCCCUCACCAAUAGAGGAGACUGCUGUCCAGAGAGACUUGAUGGUGCUGAGAUCCGCAUUGGUAACUCACUGGAGAACAACGGCAUCAACAACACCAGAUGUGCUGUCAUCUCCAACAUCCCAGCAGGAGAGACACACUACUUCCAGUGUAAUGAGAUGGAAGGUCGCUAUGUUGUUGUGGUCAUCCCUGGAAGGGCAGAAUUUCUCACUCUGUGUGAAGUUGAAAUAUAUGGGUCUCCUCCGGUAAAUCUUGCGUUGAAAGGAAAAGCUGCACAGUCAUCAUCUCCGUUUCAAAAUGGUCGGGCCUUUAAGGCCAUUGAUGGGGAUAGAGACUCACACUAUGACUCUGGAUCCUGCACCCAAACUAAGAAAGACACCAACCCCUGGUGGAGAGUGGACCUAAAGGGUCUGUACAGAGUUAGAAGUGUAUCCCUCACCAAUAGAGGAGACUGCUGUCCAGAGAGACUUGAUGGUGCUGAGAUCCGCAUUGGUAACUCACUGGAGAACAACGGCAUCAACAACUCCAGAUGUGCUGUCAUCUCCCACAUCCCAGCAGGAGAGACACACUACUUCCAGUGUAAUGAGAUGGAAGGUCGCUAUGUUGUUGUGGUCAUCCCUGGAAGGGAAGAAUUUCUCACUCUGUGUGAAGUGGAAGUAUAUGGCUCUCCUACAGUAAACCUGGCCUUAAAUGGAGUAGCUGCUCAGUCUUCACUCUAUGGGAAUCGUAAUGCCUCUGAUGCCAUUGAUGGGGACAGAACCUCACACUAUGGAUCCUGCACCCACACUCAGAAAGACACCAACCCCUGGUGGAGAGUGGACCUAAGGGAUGAGUACAGAGUUAGAACUGUAUCCCUCACCAAUAGAGGAGACUGCUGUCCAGAGAGACUUGAUGGAGCUGAGAUCCGCAUUGGUAACUCACUGGAGAACAACGGCAUCAACAACACCAGAUGUGCUGUCAUCUCCCACAUCCCAGCUGGAGAGACACACUACUUCCAGUGUAAUGAGAUGGAAGGUCGCUAUGUUGUUGUGGUCAUCCCUGGAAGGGCAGAAUGGCUCACUCUGUGUGAAGUGGAAAUAUAUGGGUCUCCUAAAGGUAAACCUAUGCUGUAAACAUAUGAAGGGGAGAACAGGACGAUCAUCAGAUAAACUGAACAGAGGGGGAUGUCACAUGUCAAACAAACACGUGUAACACUGUAUUCUAGUAACUAUAUUGAUUAUGAUCUGAUAAGUUGCAGUGUUUGUUGGUAGCUACCUUUAUUUAAAUAUAGAAAUGACCACUAUACAUUGCAUGUAUAAACUAAUGAUCAGCUGUGAGGUAUUACCAUUAUAUUUUACAGUUAUAAAAUAAUGACACAGAAUUCUCCUUGAGUUUUAUACUGUUUAGUAUCUUAGUUUACUUUUAUACUGACUUUUCUUUUCAAUAUGAAUAAAUCUGAGUAGCAAUGCUACCAACACAAUCUGCCUCAUCAGCACACAAUUACUUUAAUAAACAUUGUGUUCUCCCUGAUUAUUCAAUAAAUAACUCUACCUAA